GGCUCCCCCUGGCAUGUCCUCCUGACGUCAAGCAGCCUCUUCGGAGCAAGCGGCUCCGCUAGCCUUUGAACGAUGACGAUGGAACCGAUCCCGAUGGGUAGCCCUUUCCCCAUCUACGCCACCGCACGGCACGUCCCCGUGUUCGGAAUCGAAUCGCCGAGUCGGAAGGACUUCUACGAGAGCCACCUCCGCGACAAGUUUGUCCAGCCGCCCGAGGUCAUCGGCGGCCACCGGGACGAUGUCUUCGACAGCGGGGACGGCUUCCUGGAAGACGACCCGCGCCUGCUGUCCCUGAAGAGGAGGCUCCAGGGCCUGGACGGGGACGAGUUCUACUCGGAGGGCUCGCUGGGGUCUCCGUCCAGUCAGGCGGGCUCCUGGACCAAGCGGAAAGGAAGCGAGAACGGCGACGCCACGACGCCCGGCGCACCGCCCGUGGUUGUCAAGAAGCGGCGGCUUGCGGCCAACGCUCGCGAGAGGCGGAGGAUGCACGGCCUGAACGUGGCAUUCGACAAGCUCAGGCAGGUGGUGCCGUCCAUCGGAGACGACCGCAAGCUGUCCAAGUACGAGACGCUCCAGAUGGCCCAGAGCUACAUCACAGCUUUGAGUGAACUGCUCAUCAGAGACUGAGCGCCUUGCCAAACACCGGUCCGAAGAGAGCUGUGUACAUUGAAGGACGAAAGGCACGUUCGCGUGUGCUGAACUUACCUCGAGGAACGAAGCUGUUAUGCGAACGAGAGGCGUUCCCAUUUACAGUGGCAUCGUGAAAAACCAUGCGGCUACAUGGGACAGUUGCCGUUUCGAGACUGCCAAAUGCGACGAAGCUGCCUCGAGUGACCGAUGUGCCCAGCUGAAAGAAAAACUGCUGUUCUCGGGAAACUCACUUCAGUCAUGACUCCAAAGCGCCAUAAUGGCAGCUGGCCUGCCAAUUCUUCCAAAAGCCAUCAAGAAUGAGAAAGAGUCGCUCGGUUUGUUCGAACAGUAUUCA